GAGAGAGAGAGAGAGAGAGAGAGAGAGAGAGAGAGAGAGAGAGAGAGAGAUAGAAAGAGAGAAAAAGCAUGUGUAAAACAAAGGGAAAAAGAGUAAGAGAAAGGGAGAAAGAGAAAGAGAGAGAGAGAGAGAGAGAGCGAGAGAAGGAAGUUGGAGAGAGGGCGUCAUAAGAAAGGAGAGAGAGAGAGAGAGAGAAAGCAUGUAUAAAACAAAGGGAAGAGAGUAAGAGAAAGGGAGAGAGAGAGAGAGAGAGCGAGAGGGGGUGGAUUAAAGGAGGCCAAAGAAAAGAAAAAAGAACGGGAGAGGAAAUUGGAGAAAAAGAGGCAUAAGAAAGGCGAGGGAAGGAGAGAAAGAGAAAGAGAUAAAGAAAGAAAGAGAAUGAGUGAGAGAGAGAAGCAUGUACAACAGCGGAAAAACUUACAUGAAAGAAAAUCCGAGCAGAACAUGAAUAAAAAAUCUGAUAAAUAUGAAGUAGUCCAAAAAAGUAUGCCAAAAAAAUAAACAGAACAGGAAAAAAAUUAGAUACAUAUGGUAUGGUAUAUAAUAUGGAAAGUGUAAAUUCAUGUUCAUUGAUUCCGGCUUGAAUAAAUUUUACUGUAUAUCAGGAUUUUGAGAACUCACAGUCAGUAGUAGGCCUGCACUCGGAGAUGUCCAUGAAAUUGCUUUGUACCUCCUCUCCUUGCAAGUGGUGAAUUUAUCGAUUAGAGGGUUGCAAUUUUGAGUCAUUUCUAUAUACACGCCUAUCAAAGAUUUGCUGUCUCCACCGGUAUAAGUUGAUCCUGCCCAUCUGGGAACUUGGUCCAUUAGUUCUGGCCCACAAAGUAAAAAAAAAGUGCAAAUUGUACCUAUUGCAAGGUGCACUACAUAAAAGUGUUCAUGUAUCUGAAUAUAUGGUAAAAAAUAAUGGUAAUGAGGUUACUAGGA